AUGGAAAAUUUUAACUUGAAAAAGCUUGAAUCGUAUGGUGGAAAUAUAUUAUAUUGUUUGAGAUAGAUGGUAAACAUCAAUUUCUUAGGCGACCUGGUAUACCAAUAGAAAAUGCCUAUACUUAGUAUUAAAGAGUUAUUAACUAAUUAUAGAUCUCUUAUUUCUUAAUUAAACACCUAUUACUAUAAUUUGAACUUGCCAUAGUAAAAAGCACAUAAUAAAAAUAUAAGAGAUCUAUAAUUAGGAAUAAGGUUUUAAGUAUGCAAUUUUUCUAUUGACACACCAAGGUCUCUUAAAGCUGGUCUUUACCGUCUAUCAAAAACUGUAUAGAAUCUCCUCGCGAAAAAUUCUCACUUAGCCCAAUUUUUGAAUUAUCUCGAAAUUUACAUUAUACGUAUAAGCCAAAGCCAAAAUCACUAACAAUACAGAAAUUAUUUUUGCUGACAGAAUCAUCUAUUUGGUGCCUUCAAAUGUCUAGUUUUUUAUGAAUUCCUAACUUAAUUAAGAAAAAAAAUGGUGCCGUUGGAUGGAAAGUGGACUCGAUUGCGCAUUCCUAUGGAGCUGGACCCAUCAUGAUGAAGCUUAGCAGGUCCUCUGUCCCUUUUUGAAGGACCUUCAAGCCUAGGGAUGUGCUACUGAAAAGGGAAGUUUUGUUUUUACCUGAGGGUUUUCCUGCCCUUGCCAGAUCACUAAACAAAUUUUACCUAUCACAAUGGUAUUCUCUCUCGGGACAGUUAGAGCAUCUCACAGACGAUGGCUUUGCCUAAGGGAGUUAAUCUCCAGACAGACUAUUCAGAUCGGAAAUCCUAAAAUUCACCCUUUUGGAGCCAAGGUGGGCACGGCUAGUGGCUAGAUCUUCUUAUGGUCAGCAUAAUCGUUUUAACUAACUAACUAACUAACUUAACUAAUAAGAAUAAAAUUGUGAUGUCUACAGAAGAUGGACGCGAUGCACUCGCUAUGAGCAGGCAGGGUCCGUCCAGAUAAAGAAGAAAAGUGCCUCUGUCACUUUUGAAGUUCUUUUCGGUUUUUGGGAUAUUUGCCAAAGAGGGAAUUUUUUACUUCUCAUCGAAGGUUUCCCCUCUCCCUGCCAGAUGAGCUAGUCUUUACUUAUCGGAACUAAAUGAGCAUCCGGAAGAGGCGACUCCAACCUAUGGAACUAAUCUUAGGUUAGGUGGAGUUAUGCCAGAUAGGCAGGCUAGUGUUAUAUCGUUAAUAUCCUUACUCCCCCCCCUCCGUGAGUGAACAAAACCAUUAGAAAAAUCGCUAUUUUUUGCCCAAAAACCCACCCUCCGUGAGUGUACAAAAAUUUUUUUAAUAGAAAAAUUUUUUAUGGAAAAAAAAUUUUGAUAUAUAAAUGAUAAUUUUUAUAAUGAAAUCUAGAGCUAAUUCUGUUUAAUUUUGAACGAAUUGCUUUUUAAAACAUAAAUUUUAUAAAUUAAAAUUAAUCUUUGCUUUCCAAUUUUUGCGAAUUAGGAUUUUUUUAAAUUUCGAAAAAAAUAUUGUUUAUAAAAUUUUAUAUACAAAUUUUUUAAAAAAAAAUAAAUUAAUCACUCACGGAGGGGGGGGAGUUAGAAUUUUAACUUAAACUUAACAAUAAGAAAUUGAAAAGAAAACAGUGAUUUUUGAAGAAUUAUUGGGUAUAUGAGACUAGACAAUGCAUGCUCUGCAUAUGGAAUUAUAAAUCUUUGUAUUUAUACUUCACUUUUAAUUACUUUAAUUAGCAUUAUAGCGAUUUUUCUUAUGGCGAUUAUGAUAUUAUACUCAAAACCAAUUCCAUCAUUAAUUUCGAAAAUUGUAAAACAAAUUCUUUAUUUUUUUUCGGUUGUUUUUAAAAUUCCUGUGUUUACAUUGUUCACUAUAUGCUUAAAAUAUAACUGAUUUCCAAAAACUUAUGUAUAUGAAUAUUAUGAAAAUAAUGAAAUUUCGAAUUUCGAAGUGAAUAUUCUUGUGCAAAUCCUUAUAAUAGCAGGGCUUGCUGGGUACUUUUUUAUUUAUGUGGUAAUAGGUGUGAUAUGCUCACUCUCCCCAUCCGUAAGCGAGCAAGCUAUAUGAAAAUACAUAUAUUAAAUCUCAUCAAUUUUUGCAAAGAUAUUUUAAAAUUAAAAAAAAAAAUUGGCGAGGAAAUUUUUUAUGCUCGCUUAUUGAACAAGAGUCAGGAGAAAUUAGGCAUUCAAUGGCAAACCAUAUUAUUGAUGCAAAAGCCCAUUCAAAAAUUGAUAUUUACUUACUCCGCCUCCGUCAGCAAACAAAAAAUUUUAUUUCGCUCACGGGGAUCCAAAAAUUUAUAUAGAAAAUUUUUUUUCAAAUUCCACUUCGCAAAAAUUGGAAACAAUAUUAAUUUAAUUUGCAAAAAAAAAUUAUGUUUUAAAACGCAAUUUGUUUAAAUUAAACAGAAUUAACUCGAGAUUUCAUUAUAAUAAUUAUCACUUUUUUAUAAAUUGUUUUUCCAAGAAAAUUUUUCGAUUAAAAAAAUUUUUAUUCGGUCACGGAGGAUGGGUUUUUUGGUCAAAAAUCGGGAUUUUUCUAAUAGUUUUACUCUCUCUCACGGAUGGGGGGUGUUAGCGUUCUCUGACAUAUUGAUACCUAUCCUGUUUACUACAAUUGGGAGCUAUAAUAUUGUAUUCUUUCAGGUUAUUUUAAUUAUUGUUUUUGGGGCUUUGACAGUGGAAAUACUUGAAAAAUUGCCAUAUUUUAACUUUUUCACAAACUGUUUAACAUCAAUAAAAUGUUUGCAAAUUCCCUUAAUAUCCUCGUUUUUUAUAUUUGCAAAAAUAAUUGAUGCAUCAUUUAUAACUCUACUGCUCUUUAUUAUUAUUUUGCCUAUCAUAGAUGCAAUAAUUAUCUAUAAAAUAAAAUAUUCAAAGAAAAAAAAUAUCCCCAAAACUCUCAUUUAUUUUGGAAAAAUCCAAAAUAUUUUUGGCCUUGAGCGUUGUCUUAGUCCCCCAUCCUUGAUAGAGCGACACUAUUAAAAAAUUCCAAAAUAGAGAAAAUUAAUCCCAGUUUUUUCAUAUGGUCAAAAUGAAAAACAUCUGAGGUCUAAUUACCUUUGAUAAUAAUGAAUAUCAAUGUAAACCAUAUGAUUCCUUUGAGCAUUUCUAAUUUAAUUUUUACUAAUAUAUCUAAUGCUCAUCUAUUAGUUAGUGAAUAUAAUAUCUUAUAUGCAAAAAAUAAUAAAGUAAUAUAAAUUUAUAUAAAUUUUUGAUGAAACAUGGUCCAAUCAAAGGUGGAGGGUUAGAGAUUUUUUCUGCUCAAAUAGCCAGGAAAAAAGGGAAGAAAUAUUAUCACUUCUAGGGAAAUGCUUUAACGAAACUACUUCUUAUGCAGUUAAAUAGCUCUUAAGUAUGCAAACCCUAUAUAUGGUUUAUUAAAAAAAAUAAUUUUUGAAUUAAAAAAUAAAUUGACUAUCAAUUGAGCUUGAUUUAUGCUAUAUAAAAAUAAACUUCUUAUUAUUUGGGAAGUAAAUUAUUGUGUUUUUACUCUUGGAGAUAAAGCUCUUGCAAAAAUAAAGUUAUGCAAAUCAAGAUUUUCAGACCAUAGCAUCGAAGGAGACUACCAAGAAUAUAUUUGCAAAAAAGUCGUGUCAGAGUUUAAUUCAAGUGAAAGUGAAAAAUUUUUAGUUUAUUUUCAAAAAAUAAAUAAAACUAAAAAGGAAGACGCUGAUUUAUGCGUUAGACUUUUAGAUUUUUGGAAAGAGGUUGUCUCAAAAAAACCAAAUUUAAAUAAAUUGAAUAAAAUGAUGGAUUUAGUAUCAAAUUCAGCAAUUUCUAUUACAGAAAGUUAUUCACAUUUACAUGAAAAAUUCCCAAAAUCUAAGGAAGCUUUAACGUUUUAUUAUACAUUUGUAAAGUAUAUUUUAUGCGAUAUCGAUAAAUCAACACAUUUAAGCUAUAAAAUUCAAAGUAUUCAUGAUGUAUCAGAGCUGUCAAGCCAAUCUAAAGACACUAAUUUUUUUGAUGAUAACAAUGGAGUGAUGCUAGUUUAUUGCGAAAAUAAAAAUUUUGGAGAAAUUGCAUUUGCGAACCAAAAAUCGGCAGAAAUACUGAAAUUACCUAUUAGUGAAAUUAUAGGGAAUAAAAUUUCAUUUUUUAUCCCAUCUCCUUAUGAUUCUUAUUUAAAUCAGUUGCCUUAUUAUUUGCAAUUAGCUACAGAGGCAGCAAUAAAAUUUCCUGACCACUUCUUCUUAUCAUUACCCAGCAAGUUUCUUAUUGACUGCACUGUAAAAGGAUCCCUAGUUUCUAUGCAUAACAAUUUAUUUUUUCUCUUUAUUUUUCAAAAAAUAAAUAUUCCUCAAGAAUUUGCUGUAAUUUCUUCAGAAUGAGACAUUUAUUCACACAGUGAAAAUUUUCCUCAACUUGCACAAAUAAUAUCCAAAGAUUUAAGAGGAUGUAACAUUAAGCAUUUAUUUCCAAGCUUAGCCACUAUUGAUAUACAAGCUUUUACACCAUUAUUCCUGGCUGACAUAAGUACAUAUUUGAUUUAUUGCAUUAUAGACUUUUAUGGCUUAAAAAUUAAUUAUGUUUUGCUAAUCAAUGAUAAAAUUGAAGCUGAAACUUGAAAAACUGAUAAAAGAAUUGAAAAAAUUAAUAAAGAGUUUACCCCAAAACAAAAACUUUGCUGUGAUUUUUCUCAGAGAAAAGAAGAAAAUGUGUCAACUAAUGUAUUUAAAACAGAUUUUGAUGAUAAAAUAGAGCCUUAUCAUAACUCGCAAAUUCGAUCACAAUUUUAUAAAAUAGAUCGUAUUGUAUCUUUAUCAUCUAGAUCAAUAAACAUUUUCCAUAUUGUUUUUGUUUCAGCAGUAAAAAAUAUAUAG